AAAAUUCGGGCAACAAACCCCAAGCAACUGAGAGCUCAAAGGGCAAAAUCAGGGAGGCCGGCAAGAGGACAUCGAAAAGAGAUUCCGUAGGUGGUUCCACGAGGAAGAAUCCAAUUGGGUUUCGAGUGAAAUCAAGCGAAGCUUUAUUCUCUAAACGGAUGACACCAGGUGCUGCUAAAGGUGAGGUUAAGGGCGACACCAGCAAGCCUAGGGACAAGGGCAGCGCUAGUGGAGGCAGAGAGGCACUGGGUAGCGCCGAUAGAGGAAGAGACGUGUUGGGCAGGGGCAAAGCCAAUUUGACCUUGGGUACAGUGCCAGGCGCCAGGGGUUCUUGUGGCGAUGCUUCUUGUUUUGUGGAAGGUGGCAGCUGA